CAGCAACCGCGUCGGUUGGGUUCCGAGUGAAAUGUACGAAUUCCAAUUUUUUGGCCUGAUUUUGGUGAUCGUGAUUCUGAGAGAGAUUCGGGCACGUGAGGCUAUCAGCUUGAUUCCAGAUGUGGGUCAAAUCAUCAAAGACCUCGAUGGACUGCACAUCGAUGGAGCAACAUACGAAAGGGGUGCUCCCUGCAGAUUGGAUGUGCAAAAGGAUCUGCCACGUCCGGACCAAGUUCAGCCACUAUACCUUCGCCCCGGCACGAAUCUCUACUGGCUACCGAACGCUGAUGGACAGCUAGAGAUACCCCACGGUGCCAGCAUCGAGCUGUACUGCAGCCAUCCGUUUUCCCCAGUGCUUGGAGAGUCCUUGGAUGAGGAACUUCGUUCGCUUCGGGUGAAGUGUGUUCAGGAUACCACCUUCGAGUGGACAGGGAUGAAAAUCAAAUUCCGCGACUUUGUCUGCAGUCACUCCAUACCCUACACAGUGGAACGUUUGGACACACCUUGUGGGGAUGUCACCUCGAGUCCGCCAACGUCGUACUUGUAUCGCGUGGGCUACGACACCGGAGAUGGCAGAUUUGUGGCCACCAUGGAGCUAUGCCAUGACCCAGUUCACCUGCGCACCCACUACGCCCGACAUCAGCUGACACCGGCCAAUGUGCACUUUCAGAAAAACGUAAAACGCCUGAAGUUCAGCACCGCUGGCCAUUUCACGGGCUUUGACAUGACCGGGAUUUAUUCGCACAAGAGGCAAGAGAACGUAAUGGCCCCUGGUCUCAUAGACGUCAAGAGUGGUUUGUUUCUGGCCCGCGGACAUCUGGCGGCCAAGGCGGAUCUGAUCUAUGCCAGUCAGCAGAGAAGCAGCUUUAACUACAUGAACGUUGCGCCGCAAUGGCAGAGUUUCAAUGGGGGUCAGUGGGCCGUCCUAGAGGAUUCCACCCGUCGAUAUGUGUCCAGUUCUGGGAUCUCGGCCAGUGUCUAUACGGGCAUCUAUGGGGAAAUGAAGGUGGCUGGCAGCAAAAGCCUUCACAUGACCACCGAUGCCAAUAACAACGGUGUAAUGGCCGUUCCCCAGCUUUUCUAUCGCGUCCUCAUCGACAAUGGAAAUUCGACCCGCGGAAUCGCUUUGCUGGGUGUCAACAAUCCAUAUGCCACCCUCGCCCAGAUUCACGAGUCCUAUAUCAUUUGUGAUCCCGUCGAGGACCAGGUGAAAUGGCUGAGCUGGCUACGCAAAGGACAAGCCAAGGGUAACCCGAAGAAGGGCUAUCUAUAUGCCUGUUCUGUGGCGGAUUUGGCCCGGGUUGUCGAACAGUUGCCACGCCCCCUUCUCUAUGUGGAUGAGCUGCUGACAUAAAUGCGGGCGUUUGCGGUUUGGGCUUAGGUUUACUUUUAAGUGAGUGCAAUAAAGACUGAUUGGAUUGUGGGUCAGAACUUUAAUUAGUAAAA